AAAGGGGAGCCCCGACGGGUGGGCGCAAAGGAGCCGCUGUGGGGCCGUCACUCGCUCCCUGUGACGCUCUCAGCAGGCGCGCCGCCAUCGGAGUCGCCGGUAGGGAGGGUCCCGGCGGCCCUCAGGAGCUCUGGUCUCUUGGAGGCGCUGCCGUAUCCUUCCCGUCUCGGCUGCGGCCUGCGGGAUGGAGCUGUGCGCCGGGAGGCAAAGCCCAGCAGGAGCCUCGAGCAGACUGCUGCAGUCGUCCCUCUUCUGUGUCCCUAGUGAAAGCUGAUGAAGCCGCGGGCUCUGCUACGGGGCCCUGGCCGGGCUAGUGCAGGCUCUGCUUGUUUUAAGAAUGCCUUAGAACAUGCUUCUUUUGCAAGCCCGUUGGAUGAUGGCCUUCACUCCAAGCACUGAGCUUCGGUAUCAUGUUUAAUACUGGAAUUGGCCAGCACAUCCUGAAAAAUCCUCUCAUUGUUAACAACAUUAUAGAGAAGGCUGCCUUACGGCCCACGGAUGUUGUUCUUGAAGUAGGACCUGGAACUGGUAACCUGACAGUAAAAAUGCUAGAGAAAGUAAAAAAGGUAAUUGCCUGUGAACUUGACCCACGACUUGUGGGUGAACUUCAGAAGAGAGUCCAGGGCACAUGCAUAGCAAACAAACUAGAAAUAAAGGUUGGAGAUGUGUUGAAAACUGACUUACCGUUCUUUGAUACAUGUGUAGCUAACUUGCCUUAUCAGAUUUCUUCACCUUUUGUUUUCAAGCUGUUGCUGCAUAGACCCUUUUUCAGGUGUGCAAUACUUAUGUUUCAGAGAGAAUUUGCUCUUCGUUUGGUUGCUAAACCAGGGAAUAAACUAUACUGCAGACUCUCAAUUAACACUCAGUUAUUAGCCCGUGUGGAUCAUCUAAUGAAAGUUGGAAGGAAUAAUUUCAGGCCUCCACCCAAAGUUGAAUCCAGUGUUGUCAGAAUAGAGCCAAAGAACCCUCCACCACCUAUUAAUUUUCAGGAAUGGGAUGGUCUAGUAAGGAUAGCCUUUGUCAGGAAAAACAAGACACUCUCUGCAGCAUUUAAAUCAAGUGCAGUACAGCAGCUGCUGGAUCAGAAUUAUCGAAUUCACUGUUCUAUACAUAAUAUUGAAAUACCAGAAAACUUCAGAAUUGCAGAGAAAAUACAGAUGGUUCUAAAAAAUACAGGUUUCUCAGAAAAACGGGCUCGCUCAAUGGAUAUAGAUGACUUCAUUAGAGUGCUGCAUGGCUUCAAUUCAGAAGGCAUCCACUUUUCAUAAAUGGCUGAACAGGGAACACUUUACAUUCUCUGAGGAGAACUGAAAUGUGACAUCAACAAAGGUCAUAGGAGGAAGAACUCUCAUUGAGAGCAGUCACCAGCAGAUAAAGUAUAUAUAUGACUAUUUUGCAAUACCUGCUCAGAAGUACUUAUUUAAGGACAAUAGCUGUAAAAGUACUGUGUAGCAUUUUAAAAUUGUAACUGUCCAGACUAAAGCUAUGUACCUUUUUUCCCCAUUAGAGCACCUUUUAAGUGUACCCCAUGAUAUGAAAUGGCUCCAAAAGCCCCAAAUUAAACCCUUCCCUCCCUGCCUUUGCAUCUUCUCCUGCCAUUACAACAUUCCGAAUGGAACUCAAACCUCUAUUUGGCCACCCCAGAACUAUUUGUAGACUGGUGGCAUAAUGCCAAUUCAUGGGAGUUUAGAAUAAAUAAACUUUUUUAAAAAAAAGAUGAAGUGUGUAUCUCCAUCUUUCCUUUCUGGUAGCUACCACAGGCCCUGGACUAUGGGAGAAAUUGCAGCUAGAAUGAGCAGAUCACCACUGUAUACGUUCUAGAUCAGGGGUAGGCAACCUGCAGUAUGCAAGCUGAUUGUCAGUGGCACUUAAUUAAAGCUGCUUAAACAUUUUAAAAGCCAUAUUUACUUUAAUACAAUCACUCAGUUAUGCGUUAUAGACUUAUGGAAAGAGACCUUCUAAAAAUGUUAAUGUAUUAUGGGCACACAAACCUUAAAUUAGAGUAAAUAAACAAAGACUCAACACACCACUUCUGAAAGGUUACUGACCCCUGCUCUAGUUGUAGAGGCAGGGGCAGUUAACACUCUUAGGCAUGUUGUCUGUGAAACCUGAUAGCAAGAGAAUGGUAGGCUUCAAAAAAGACAGAACAGUUCUUUUUGCCUGGUACAGUCCUCUUAAAUAUCCAAACUUGUUUUCAGCUGCAGUUACAUCUGUUACUGCUAGACCCUGAAUUGCAUUCAGAGGCAGCUAAGAAUAUACUACCAUUUUCACAUAAAAAUCUUCAGUAACAAUGCAGUUUGACAUUAUACAGUGCCUUUAAACUUUCUUAAACUGCCUUAACCAUACUGUACACUUACUUCAGGUACACCAUCUCUUAUAGACCUCAAAGUGCUUUAUAGGGCUAGGUAAGCAGUAUUCUCAUUUCACAGAUUGUAACUGAGCACAGGUUAAAUGUCAGUGGCAGACCUGGAAACAGAUCACCACACUGUCCAUACCGCUUUCUUAUACAAAUAACCCUAGGAUGCGCAGUAACGGUACUGGCUUUUCACUAAAAACUGCAUACAUUAAAAACUAUAACCUGUCUAUAUCUAGUCUCAAUAGAGAUCCAUAUACUUAAAUAUUUCUCCAUUUUAGGCAGUUGUACAGUACUGAAGAGUGCUAUAUAUCAGAUAUUACCAGGUACUAUUCCAGGCAAGCAGGAGAGGCUGUUUCUUGUAUAAUUUUCCCCCUUGCAUCUCUCUUUAAAUUUUUAACAUUGAAUAUAGGCAGUAAACUUCUGUUAUAAUGCUAGCUGCAUUAUUUCAUUUUUGUUAAAUAUGAAAAUACCUUUUGUAAGUUUCAUUAACAUUUCCUAGUUCUAAAACUGAAUCUUUGCUUAUAGUUUGAAUUAUAGGUUAUAGGCUACAGGGUCACCCCAUUACAUAGCAGCUAAAGACAGAGUAAAUGCUCUUGUGCUAAUUGCCCAUGCUUAGAGGAGUGGUAGGCAAAGCUAGAUCAGCCUAGGAACACAGAUUCUAUAACACCCUUUUCCCCCUGCCAAUGAGUUGGUCAGGGCUGCCCAGAGGAUUCAG